AUGAGCUCCGGUAUGUUGCGAUGGCAGCUCGCCCGUCUUCUGUCUGCCAACCAUGGUAUUCUAGCAUGCAGUACCACGGCAGAUACGAGGUUGCACCAACUUGCUUACCUUUUGCUUUUUUUGCGUUUCCCCGGCUUUCAGCAUGCUACGAUCGUCAUUCAAGCUGGUCCGGCCCAGCUCCCUCGCAAGAACGUCAUGGCUGUGGGUGCCGAGCAGCGAAAAUGCCUGAAGCUCCUUGGGAGUAUAUUGUGGUUACUGUCAACCCCAACCUCGACUCUCGCCGAGUCGGAUGCCGAACGGAACGCCGGGGUUUUUGCCCGCAACUCGGCCUCCCAUUCAGUGAAAAAUGGAAGCUCUGGCAGCCAGUCACCUCUAUAUGCUACCAAGUUCAAGGGCGUUACUUGGGAUGUUGCGAACUGGAGGUUGACUACCGCUGAGCUUGAACAGGGCCAUUACCAAUCUCGAGGCUCCAUCGCAAACGGAUACCUGGGAAUUAAUGUUGCUGCUGUUGGUCCAUUCUUCGAAUUGGACGUCCCCGUGGCCGGCGACGUAAUCAACGGAUGGCCGGUAUUUUCCCGCAGGCAAACAUUCGCUACCAUAUCCGGCUUUUACAGCUUCCAGCAAAACAUCAAUGCCACAAACUUCCCCUGGCUAAACAAAUAUGGAGGCGAUCUCAUCAGCGGCGUUCCACAUUGGGCUGGCCUGAUCUUGGACCUUGGAGACGGCAACUACCUUGAUGCGGCCGUGAAGAAUAGCACGAUAUCAAACUUCAAUUCCACCUUGGACAUGAAAGGGGGGAUCCUCACAUGGCAGUAUACUUGGAGCCCAGAACAGCAUAAUGGGACAUUUGAUAUUUUCUAUCAGCUGAUAGCACAUAAAUUGCAUGUUAAUCAAGCUCUUGUGCAUAUGGAGAUAACUCCAUCUAGAGAUGGAAACGCGAGUGUGGUAAAUGUCCUAGACGGAUAUUCUGCAGUAAGGACUGAGUUUAAAGACUCAGGCACAGACGGGGGUGCUAUCUAUACCUCCGUGAAUCCGGAGGGUAUCAACAAUGUCACCGCCUUCAUAUAUGCAGAGAUGACGGGCACAGAAGGCGUGGAUCUUUCUUCCUCGUCUCUUGUGUCUGAUAAGCCUUACCUUCACGCCAAUGGGUCGACUAUCGCCCAGAGUGUGGACGUUAAGCUACGAGCGGGACAGACGACAAAGAUAGAUAAAUUUGUUGGUGUUGCAUCCUCAGACGGGUUUAAAGACCCUAAGCGAGCUGCGAAGGAGGCCGCGUCAAAGGCAUUACGGACGGGCUAUGAAGAGAGCUUGAAGACUCACAUUGCUGAAUGGACAACCGUGUUCCCUAGCGACUCCACAGAGGACUUUACCGCGCCUGAGACAAAAUGGCUUCCGCUUGACCACAAUAUUAUCGAAUCUUCCAUUGUUGCCGUCGCGAAUCCUUACUAUCUCUUACAAUCAACAGUUAGCUCCAAUGCCUUGACCGCUGUAAAGAAUGCACCCCUUAAUCGUGGAAGCAUUUCUGUCGGCGGGCUGACCUCUGAUUCAUAUGGUGGACUUGUAUUCUGGGAUGCAGAUAUUUGGAUGCAGCCAGGCCUUGUGGUUGCCUUUCCUGAAGCCUCACAGAUAUUUUCCAACUAUCGAGCCGAUAAAUAUGGACAGGCGUUGAGAAACGCUCAGACGCAGUUCACUUCCUCAAAGAACCAGACAAGUUUCUCGUCGGAUGCAGCUGCAUAUCCCUGGACGAGUGGACGGUUUGCCAAUUGCACCGCUACUGGGCCCUGUUUUGAUUAUCAAUAUCAUCUGAAUGGCGACAUUGGGUUGCAAGUGGUUAACAAUUGGGUAACUACUGGAGACACGGAGAAUUUUAAAUCGAAUCUCUUUCCAGUUUACAAUUCUAUUGCAACCUUCUUUGCCGAUCUGAUGGAGAAGAAUGGAACAAAAUGGACUGUUACCAACAUGACUGACCCAGACGAGUUCGCGAAUUCGAUUGAUGGGGGUGGCUACACAAUGGCCCUGAUUGCAUCCACCCUGGUAUACGCCAAUAUGUUUCGACAGAUGUUUGGCCUUGAGCAAAACCAGACAUGGAACGACAUGGCGCAAAAUGUCCUCAUCUCCAGAGAUCCAGGCUCACAGAUUACCCUGGAAUAUACAACAAUGAAUGGGAGUACUCAGGUUAAGCAAGCAGACAUUGUAUUAAAUACCUUUCCGCUUCGUUUUACUGAGGACUAUACCCAUGUUAAUGCUCUCUUGGAUUUGGACUAUUAUGCGGCUAAACAAUCGCCCAACGGCCCUGCAAUGACUUAUGCGAUAUUCUCCAUUGUUGCGAAUGAAGUAUCCCCGUCUGGAUGCUCUGCCUAUACGUAUGGACAGUACUCAUUCAGCCCAUACGUUAGAGCCCCAUUCUUCCAGUUCUCAGAGCAGCUCGUUGAUGAUUGGUCGCGUAACGGGGGAACACAUCCUGCGUACCCCUUCCUGACAGGGAAUGGUGGAGCUAAUCAAGUUGCUGUGUUUGGGUAUCUGGGGUUACGUCUCAUACCCGAUGGGGUAUUGCAUCUGAAUCCCAACUUGCCCCCACAGAUUCCACAUAUCAAGUAUAGAACAUUUUACUGGCACGGCUGGCCCAUUGAAGCAACAGCAAACUACAGUCAGACUAUCGUUCAGCGAGCGACGAACCGGCGUCCUCUAUCAAGUGCAGAUAAGCAGUAUGCCAAUGCGCCCAUUACUGUCCAUGUUGGACCCGAAAAUAACGUUACCGUGUACUCCCUGCCUCCAAAUGGACAGCUGGUUAUUCCAAAUCGCCAAUCCGGUUCCAUAAAAACGCUAGCUGGCAACCUUGUUCAAUGUCAACCUGUCUUUUCCCCGAAUGAGUACUCUCCUGGACAAUUCCCCAUCUCUGCAGUUGAUGGAGCCGCGUCCACCAAAUGGCAGCCGUUACGCGCCAGCUCAACCUCGUCACUGACCGUCAAACUACCCGAGAGUGCUUCUUCUGCCUCGAUCAGUGGCUUCGCGUUCGAUUGGGCACAGGCACCGCCUGUUAACGCGAAAGUAGUUCUGCACGAUGAACCGCUGAACUCACAGUUGGAUCUCGAUGGCGCUUAUGCCAGCAGCCCUCCUGGCACAGUCACUAUCUGGGAAACCUCAAAGGUCCCGCUAUCAGACCCGUACGAUGCCAUGACAAUAGAUCUUAACAUGAUCAUGACUUACAAAGGAAAUACUACAAACAUAACCCUACCGUCAUCGGUGCCUGUGACGAAGUUUGCGACACUUCUAAUCAGGGGCAACCAGGCAUUAGGUCCGGCUGAGGUGAAAGCGGGCAACGGGACUGGGGCGACUGUUGCAGAGUGGUCAAUUCUGAGGUCUAGGGUAAUUGGUACCUGGCAUGUUGAUUUGCUGGGAAUUGAGAAGCUAGUUAAGGAACCCGCCGGGAUGGACUGGCGCUAUACAUUCAUCACCUACCUGUCCGCAUUCACUGCGCAUCUCCUCCUCGUCCUCGUCCUCGUCUACGUUCCGCCGACGUCCUACCUGCGAGCAUGGCUGCUUCCGGUGCUGCUGCUGCCGACGAUUAUCGUCUCCCAGACGGCCCUGCAUGCGACCUCCGUGAUGCCGCUCAAUUUUAUCUUCGGGGUCGGUUACGGUGCCCGUCUUGCGCUGGAAAUAUUUGACCUGCUCUGCAUUUCGAAGGUAGCUUAUCCUGGUCAUCAUAAAUCGAGGGACGACUCUUCCUCCGGCUCGGCGAAUGGGAUAAUUCGUCAUAAGGAGGCGAGCGCGACGGUGGUGGCACUUCCAUGGCCCAAGAGAUGCUAUAACGCUAUAAAGUGGUUUCUGGACCUUUCAUCCAUUGAUAGGCGUCUUGAUGGCUACUCUGCCAUUUCUCGUCAAAAGGCGAAUCUUGUAACGAAACGGCGGUUUCUCACGUUUCGGUCUAUUCGGUUUAUACUGGGAUAUUUACUCUUGGACUUUAUCACAGCGCAGUCGCUGGAGGAUGCCAAUAUCAAAUUUGGUCCAGGCAAAGAAAAGAUACUCUCUCGCAUAAUUGAAGGCGACUUCUCGGGCCAAGACCUCGGAGAGACGUUGGGAUCGAUUGUCGGAUUCGCUGCGGCCGGCUAUUUGAACCUGACUGUACUCUUCGAUCUCGUCUCUGUACUGGGCGUCGGGUUAGGAAUUUUUGGAGGUAUGACCUUAUGA